GAUAUCAGCCCGAUGACACAAUUUCAAUUUUUGGCGUAACUUGACGAUAUCGCGUACGGUGAUUUUGGCCGAGACUCGGCCAAAUCGUCGAAAUGGUCUUCGAAUCAAUUUUGGUCGACAUGCUCAACAAGUACCUGGGUCAGUAUGUUGAAAACUUGGACUCGUCACAGCUCAAAGUCGGCAUCUGGGGAGGUAACGUCGUUCUGCAUAAUCUCUACCUGCGUGCCAAUACUCUCGAUGAGCUUGAUCUUCCUGUCAAAACACUGUUUGGUUGUUUAGGCACCCUUACGCUUCAGAUACCAUGGAACAAUUUAUACAAUGCGCCAGUUGUCGCUUCCAUAGACAGCCUGUACAUCUUAGCAGUGCCCAACAACGCCAUGGUGUACGAUCCGGUGAAAGACGAGAAGUACAAGCAAGAAGCGAAACAAGAAGAACUGAAAUUGGUCGAUUUGGCAAAGAAAAGAGAACUCGCUAAUGAGAAAAAGGAUGCCAGUCUCGAACAGGCCAGCUUCAUCGAGAAGCUGAGUACUCAAAUUAUAAAAAAUGUAGAAGUUACAAUUAAAAACAUUCACAUAAGGUUUGAAGAUAAGAUGAGUUGCCCCGGUAGAACUUUUGCUCUCGGCAUCACCCUGGACACGUUGUCUGUUAAGACAACCACCAACUGGGAACAAAAACUUCCUGCAGAUUCUUCAACUUUUAUUUUCAAAGAAUUGAUUAUUAGCUGUCUGUGUCUUUAUUGGAAUUCGGAUAUUAAACAGUUAUUUUCUCACAUCCCCCCUGAUGAUCUUUUGAAAAAUUUUAAGAAUGGAAUUGCCAUUAAAGAUUAUAUUCCUCAAAACUAUCAGUAUAUGUUGGGACCACUCAAUGCUUCUUCCAAAUUAAGAAUAAACCCCAAACCAGAAAAUGAUAAGUCUGAUUUCACUGUAUCAAAAAUAUAUUUAACCAGCGAUCUGCCAGACCUGAGUGUCAAAAUCUCCAAAAACCAAUUCCAAGACAUAUUAUGUGUAAUUGAAGCCGUAGAUUUAAUGCAGAGGGCGACCAAAUAUCGGAAGUAUCGCCCCAACCUAACAACAUACAUUGGGCACAGCAAAGAAUGGUGGCAGUUUGCGUACACGUGCAUUUUGGAAGAAGAAGUGAGGAGGCGACGCAAGAACUGGAGCUGGGCAAAUAUGAAAGAACACAGAGACUGUUGCAAAGAAUAUUUGGCAGUUUACAAGGAAAAACUUCAGGCGGCGAAACAAGAUGAAAAAAUAAUAUCCGCUUGUAAACAACUUGAAGAGAAACUGGAUGUUUUAAACAUCAUUUUACUCCGGGAGAGAGUCGAAAUGGAGGUUUUAAAAGAAGAGAAAAGAGAGUCGACUCGCAGCAGUGGCAGUGGAUGGUUCAGUGGAUGGUGGUUCAGCAAUAAAGACAUGCAAAUAAAAGAUGAUAAAGACAAUGACCUGUUGAUCAAGUUUGAAAAUGCGAUGACAAUAGAAGAAAAGAAAAAGCUCUUCCGAGCCAUCGGCUAUACAGAAGGUGCCCUACCGACUACAUACCCUAAGCACUUUGUGAAAGUGGAUAUUGAGCUAGUAUUACACAAACUUCACUUGCUUAUUUGCAACUUCGCUUAUGAAGAUCCUGUAGUAUUGAGUGCCAAAUUGCAAGGGAUCACACUUAAGACCCAACAAAGGGAAAAUGCAAUCUUGUGCUUAGCAAAAGUUGGCUCGUUCAACAUAACCGGAUGUGCUCAAAAGGCCUAUACUCCGCAAAUUGUGAAUACCAUAGGAGACACGAAAUCAAAAGAUCUCCUGGAGGUUCUCUUCGAGACAAAUCCCUUGGACAGUGCUGUUUGUGAUAAAAGAUUCAGAGUGUCUGCACAGCCUCUCCAUGUUUUGUAUGAUUUAUUCACAAUUCAACGAGUUUCUGAAGUUUUUCUACCUGCAAAACCUAUAGAAGCUACUUCUCUACAGUCUGCAGUCCAAAUGAAAUUGACUCAGAUUAAAGAAAUGUCAACAAGUGGUGUUCAACACCUAAUUGAAAAACACGAGGUGCUGGAGCUUGACAUUUAUUUAAAAUCAUCUGUCAUCAUCAUCCCAAAAAAUGGAAUUUUAGACAAUCCGUUGAAAUCACGGGUGGUCAUAAGUCUGGGAACAAUCAAAAUAAAAUCAGUCAUUUUGGACCGGUCUGAAAAUACUUUUAAGAAUUUAAGAGCAAAGUAUAAAGACGAACUCGCCCUUAAAACUCUUGAAUUGCAUAGUUACGACCACUUCAACCUCAAACUGACUGAACUACAGAUAGUGCUCGGUCUUGACGGAGAAAAUUUGGAAGGAAAGUUGAAACAAGAGAUGUAUAUUCUGAAACCCCUGUCUAUCGGUAUUGAGAUUCAAAAGUGCAUCUUGCCCGACGACCCGAGGCUGCCAAGGUUGAAAGUCAGUGGCACACUUCCAGGCAUACAUUUAAACAUAGCAGUCAUAAGACUUCAGAAGCUUAUGGAAUUGUUGCUUACACUUUCGCCAGCGACUGAGACUGGAAAAGUCGAGUCAGAAUUUGAUCCUGGCAUGAAGAGGUGUGUAUCAUCAGUAUCUGUCUUAAGUUUAGGAAGGACAAAAAGUUUUGAUUACCGGAGGAAGUCUAUAAGAAUAAAACCCAAGACAAAGGAUGUUGUACAAUUCACUGAAUUAGUUCUGGAUUUUGAACUCAAACAGUUAACUUUGUCAGUGUUGGAUGAGGGAAAACAUUUUCUUGACUUCUCAAUGAACACUGUUAACCUCGAUGUUACUCUUCAAACAUACACUCAAAUCUUCAGGUUGAAAUUAUUCAAGAUAGAGAUGAUUCAGAUGUACAAGAAAGAACCGUUGAAAGUUAUACAAACGUCUAACUUAGGCAUCAACAAAAAUUACCUAUUUUCAGUGGAAUAUAUAAACGUUGACAAACAUUCGCCAGAGUUUCAUACAGUCUACGGCUCAGUGAUGAGGACGAUCAAAGCCGAUUUUACCGGAUUGCGCUUCUACAUGCACUGUGAAGGCUUACUGGAGUUGGUCGCUCUUUCUAAAAUAGUGAUGCCCUCAGAGUUACCGAGUAAAUCUAAGUCACAAAUACAACCUACUCUCCAGAAUAUAGAAGAACGAGGUGCAAACGCUGUGAAGAAACCAGUAAAGCAUGCAUCAUCUAUACACAAAGCCAAUAUACAAAAAAAAGCAUCAUUUAUAACCAGUGAUGCUAUCGAUCUGAAGAUAGAACUUCAAGCUGGAGAAACUUCGAUAACCCUUGCUACAGUGAAACAACCAAUCAUGGAUCUUCAGAUUUUAGGAGGUCACGCCGGGAUCACUCUAAGACCAGCAUACACACAAUUUACUACUCAAUUAAACGGCAUUAAUCUUAUAAAUCUUACUUCCACAUCUUCAUAUACCAAAGAUAUCAUAAGUCUGGUCAGUGAUAAGGAAUCGUUGAAAGCGACUUUAGUUCUGUUCAAUGAACACCCAAUGAAUGUCAGCAAUGUCGAUAUAAAACUGACGGCCAAGGUUUCUCGCUUGCGUUUUAUAUUUAUUAAAAGUUUCUUGGACCGAGUCGUGAACUUCAUGAACCACUUUCAAGAUGCCGAACAAGCGUUUAUCGAGGCUUCGCAAGCUGCUGCAGAAGCUGCGAAGCAGAACGUCCAAGUGGUCUAUCAGAAAGCGACCAAAGUGGAACUUCAAAUAGAUCUACAGGCACCAAUUAUAUAUGUUCCUAUAAACGAAGAAUCAAACGAAACUUUCAUACUUGAUUUUGGAUCUUUAAAAGGUGAAAAUUCAUUUUUGGAAAUGCCGACGAGCAAAGACUUUUCACAACCUGCUAUUCUCGAUCGAAUCCGACUUCAACUGGAUAAUCUUAAACUGUCAAGAGCGACCAUAGAUGAAAAUCUCAGUUGUGUUCAAGAAAUUUCAAUGAUUACUCCUAUUACUUUCAAAAUGUCAAUCCAGAGGAAUCUUUCAUCAGCGUGGUUUUCCGAUAUACCAGAUCUUGAAAUUGCUUGUGUAAUUCAGACGAUUUGCAUUUGCAUCACACACUCGGACUAUGUCAAUCUUAUGAAAAUGAUGGAUGAAAAUAUCUUUUCUGUCAUGCCGGAAGAUACUCCGACAAAGGUUUUUCCUUCAGUAGGAACAUUCGGCUGUAAUAUGUCCACUUCAAGCAAAGAUUCUAUGUGGCAAUACAUGGAGAAGCCAUCUAUGCCUGCCUUAGAUGAUAAUGAGAAGAUUGUAACGGCUAGCCCUGAUGAAAAUCUGCGGAUGUCAAUGAAGUUUCUAUGUAAUGUAGAUGAAGUUGUAGUUAAAAUUUUGGAUCCGCAUGACUCUACUGGUUCAGGCGAGUUGGCGAAGAUUUCCUUGAAUGUUAUUUCAUUAAAAGGAUCCAUGCUUUCUGACAACUCGCUUCAGUUAUCUCUACUUCUCCUCGAUUUGAUCAUGGAAGACACUAGGCAGUCCCAGGCGAAUAAAAUCUGCAGGUACAUGCAGCGUAAAAAAGAAGGUCACACAACAGCCGUUCGAACUAAAGUCCCUGGCACUACUGAAACUUCAAUAAUAGAAAGCACAGAAGAAACUUCUAAUAAAAGUAUGGUUGACAUAAUCUACCAGCAGAAAAAAGAAGCAAUUUUCGCAAAUGUUCGAGUGUGUUCAUUUGUGCUGAUAUUGAAUGUGGAGCACUUGUUGAAAGUUGCGGCCGUGUUUACACUGCCACCAUCUUCUACUCCUGCGCCUAAACCAAAGAUUCCAUCAUCUAUACCUGAUCCUGGAAAAUCUUCGAGAAUAAUUGAACCAAAAGAAAGUACAAACUUGUUGACUUUCAACUUCAAAUGUGAGCAUCCUGAUAUAAUACUCGUCGAGCGUUUAGACGACAUCGAUACGAACGCUUUAGUUAUGCAUUGUGAGGUGCAAUUUAAGUGGAGGAUAUCAGGCAGUCAUCAGACAGUAUCAGGAUCGAUAAAUGAUUUGCAGCUGUUCUCUUGCUGUUACAAUCCAGAAAAAAGGAAAUCCACAAAAAUACCCAUUAUAGAACCAGUUUCGAUUAUUCUUGCUGGAACUACACCCAAGAAUUCAGCACUUCAUGUUGAUUUGAGUUCUACCAACAUCAGAGUGUCUGUCACGCCUGGGACAAUUCAACUUUUGAGCAGCAUUUCAUCGGCUAUUACCGGCAGUACAAUUGAAGAGCAGUCUGAAGUUGUGGCAUUCGUUGACCGCACUGAUAUGUGGGACAUACAGAAAUUUGAAGACACUGAUUACCAUUUCUUAAAAACAGAGCUCGGUGUCGAAGCAACAGACACCCACACAUUUUACAAGAGCAUAGAGCCCGAACCGAAAUCAGAAUUAUGUGUAGUUUACUUGCCAUCAAUUGUCUUUGUUCUCGAAUCUGGUGUCGGUAUCACGACAAUGCCCGUAUUACAUUUUGAAAGCGCGAUCAGAGCCUAUGUCCGAAAUUGGAGUUCAUUGUUAAACAUAGAGAGUAAUAUACAUCUUCAAAUAUCAUAUUUCAACCAUACUUUGGCCCUGUGGGAACCUAUAUUAGAACCUGUCGAAGAAACAGAUGAAGGAGGAAUGACGGAGUUUGCUCCUUGGGGUUUAUCCAUUCAGGUGGAAACUAAUAAAAUAAACCCGACUGCAAUACCCGACCCAACAGACGUGGCACUUGAUAACAUGGGAAAAACUAAGCCAGCUAUGUACAUUCAUGUUACAUCAAAGGAAGUAUUGCCGUUGACACUGACAAAAACAUGCCUGAAUGUAUUAAAUGAAUUGAGCAUCAAUUUCAGUGAUGCGAUUUACAAACCAACAGUUUCUUCGGGAAUGAGGCCACAGUAUGUCAUAGUGAAUGAUAGUGGCCUCGUAGUCACUGUCAAACUCGAUCAUUCAGAGUUCAAGAUCUGGGGAGAGGGAAAUGAAGAUGUUAAAGAAGUUAUACUAGACCCUGGUGCUAACCUUGAUUUAGCAUUGAGAAACAUGGGUUCAGCUGUCUCAUCGCCUGCAAUCUUUACUUCUACCAAAGCAGAAAUGCACGGCCACACCAUCGACAUAUUCGUAAACGAUUACAAAUGUGACUUGCGCGUCCCGAUUUCAAGGGCGGAUAAAAGAUACUUUUCGCUCAAUUAUCGCGGCUUGAGUAAUGAUACCUGGGGUUUAGUAUCUGCAGUUGCCAUCCAGAACGGCUGUACCACUGCCACCCUUAGAGGAAUAAUCCAGAUCAAAAAUGGCUUCAACGUCCCAGUUUCCAUUUACUACAUGACAAAAAAAGGAAAUGAAGUCAGCUAUGUAACGACCAUCAAUCCCAACACUAAGCUCAACCUUCCUCUAGAAGCUAUAUACACACCGACAAGUGAACUGUUUUUCAGUUUUGAAGGAUAUUCAGUUUCUGUUGUGCCGUUUCUCUGGAAAGAUCUACAGCAGUCUCUCCAUAAGACAGUCAUAAUGCAAUGUUACCCAAAGAAUGUAGAAGAUAAGGAUCCUCUAUUUUUCAGGGCAACCGGGGAAUUGGAGCAGAUCUACUAUGAGAAUACGAAAAAGCAUACGAUGGCGAGCGCCUGCUAUAACAUUACCCUGCGACCGACUGUGAUAUUCAAAAAUCUUCUACCAAUUAAUAUAGAAAUCAUAGUCCAGGGCCAUGACCGUCCUUCAGACGCCCCUCCGAUAGUUAUACCGCCAGGUCAGACCAUUCAAGUGCCAACUGCCGAACCAGGAUAUUCUUCACUCAUCGUCACGUUACCUGAUUAUCUGGACCGGGACUGGUGCUGUAAGCAUAAAAUCGAAGAUAACGCUGAUGACCUGACAGUCUGGACAUUUGAAUCGUAUGAGAACAUUCAGAAAGUGACACUCGACCUCGGAAUCCACACAACGGACGUCCGCGGUAGCAUUCUCAUGGAGCUGUACUGCCCGUUCUGGAUGAUAAACAAGACCGGGCUGAUAUUGUCGUAUAAACGCUCGAGCAAGGGUGACAAAGAUACAACUACAGAUGAGCAAGAACAAGGGACGAAUAUCCUCUACCACCCCAACGACUUCACCGGGCCCAUAUUAUUUUCGUUCAAAGCGAAAAAUUUCUUCGCCAAAAAGAAAUCACAGCUGAGGGUUUUCGACGGUCAGUGGUCAGAAAAGUUUUCGUUGGACGUGGCUGGAAGUGCCGGGAUGGUUUCCUGUGUCUCAGGGGGGAAAAUUUACGAUAUCGGCAUCACGAUCCAACUGACAUACAGUACAUUGACGAAACAAGUUAUGUUCACGCCGUUCUUUGUAGUCGUCAACCAUUGGUCGAUUAAUCUAGAAUUUCAAGAAACAAGUAUUAAAAAUGAUAAAUGGCGUGUUGUUAAGGAAAAAGAUUGUAUCCCUUUUUGGCCUGUUAGUAGAGCAUCGAAUUCUAUUAGAGUGAGAGUAGCUGGGACGAAAGAAUCAACAGUUGAUUUUACUUAUAAAACUAUCCAUCACUCUUUAUUUAAACUAGAAAACAAGUAUGGAGCUGUAGUAGUGGAUAUCCAAGUCUCUGAUGGUGGUACAUACAUCGCUCUAUUCCCUUAUGAACAAGGGAUGGCCCCUGCUUUGAUCAUCAAUCACACAAGUUCAGAAAUAGAAGUCGGAGACGCCUCUAGAAAUGCCCCCAACAUUAAAUUACAAGCGAACGAGCAAGUGCUGUUCUCUUGGCUGCAAGUAGAAGAAAAACAUUUACUCAUGAUUAACGACAAGACAUCGAUUAGUAUACAAGGGGAUGGCCUGGGUUCAAUUCCAAGCCCCACCGGUGAAUUUUACUGGACAUCGUUCCUCUAUGGUCUUCAGAGGGUUCUUCUCUUUACAGAACAGCGACAGAUCGCAUCUGAUGCUCAGAACAUUGACGAGCUUCAUGUCCCCCUUCUUGAACUUGAAAUCGCAAUCAGCGGGAUUGGAUUAUCUUUGGUGGAUAACAUUGCUCGUGCUGAGGUUGUGCAUAUGGGAAUCACAAGCUCCGGCUUGGUGUGGAUGUGUAAAAAAAAGAAUAAGAAGCGAUACAAGCCUCUUUCAGACAGAGAAAGCACUUUAAUAGAGGAUGCCUACCAGCGAUACCUUUUAGCAACAGAAUCCCGAAAAAAAGUCGAUCCUCAAAUAAUAAUCGAUCAGAGAAUCACGGUGGAUUUUGUUUUAAUGGAAAUGCUAAAACCGACUCAAAGGCAGUUGAAGCGAGCAUACAAAAACGGUUUUUGGUUCAAUUUAAUCAAAAGUCAGCACAUAUUGCAGAUGCAUGCGAAGAUCAACAGGAUUCAAAUAGACAACCAGAUGUUCGACUGUACAUUUCCUGUUGUAUUCGCUCCUGUUCCUCCUCCUAAGAGCAUCGCCACUCAAACGAGUGAAAAGCCAUUUGUGGAAGUGAGCAUAGUGAAGAGAGUUAACGAGUACUCAUUCGUACAACAGUACAAAUACUUUAAAGUCCUAGUGCAGGAAUUUGAUGUCAGGGUUGACAUCGGAUUUGUCAAUGCGAUCGCAAGCAUGUUAGAAGCUGAAGAAGACUACGACAAAGAAAAAGAACUUCAAGGUUUUACUGAAGAUUUGCAAUUUAAGGACAAACCUCUUCAUUUCCAUGUAGUUCAGUCGUCUAUACGAGACCAGAAACAUUUCUACGAUUACCUUCAUCUCUCGCCUCUAAAGAUCCACCUGAGUUUCACACUUGCUGGCAGUAACCAAGAAAGCAAAGCAAAAACCAUCCCGCCUGUAAUCAACCUUGCAAUGCAGAGCUUAGGCGUCACUCUGACAGACGUCCAAGGAGUGAUUUUCAAGUUGGGCUAUUUCGAAAAAGAAUAUUGCUUUUUGACAGGGAAUCAGUUGAUACAAGAAGCUCAAAUGCACUACUUCGGUCAGCUCGUAAAGCAGCUUUACGUUCUUGUCCUUGGUUUAGACGUAAUCGGUAACCCAUUUGGUCUCGUCUUGGGUAUUGGGCAAGGAGCAGCCGAUUUCUUCUAUGAACCAUUUCAAGGAGCGAUCCAAGGUCCAGGGGAAUUUGCUACAGGUCUCGUUUAUGGUGUGAGAUCACUAAUAGGUCACACUGUCGGAGGUGCAGCUGGUGCCGUUUCAAAAAUAACCGGAGCAAUGGGUAAAGGGAUCGCAGCUCUUACUUUUGACAAGGAAUAUCAAAGGCAUAGAAGAGAAUUGAUAGGACAUAAGCCUUCAAACUUCCAAGAAGGGCUCGCCCAGAGUGGGAAAGGUCUUGUCAUGGGUGUUGUCGACGGGGUGACUGGCGUGAUACGUCAACCUAUUUACGGCGCUAAGGAUGAAGGACUGGGUGGUUUUUGCAAAGGUGUAGGCAAAGGAUUAGUAGGCCUUGUGACAAGACCAAUUGCAGGGAUCACUGAUUUUGCAAGCGGUUCCUUUAGCGCCGUUAAGAGGGCUACAGAUAUGGCUGAGGAUGUUUUAAGGAUGCGUUCACCCAGAUGUAUACAGGUGGAUGGCCUUGUUAGGCCAUUUUCUAAACGAGAAGCUGAAGGAUUGAAACUCUUAAUGAGUGUAGAAAAAGGGAAAUUUUCUAAAACAGACAUGUACAUUUACCACAUAUUGCUUGGGCAUACUAAACAAAAAGAUGUACUACUUUUGACCGACAAGAGGAUUGCCUAUAUAAGCAUAAAUGAAAUAUUCGGCGGGUACCAGAUGGACUGGGCGUACAGGUGGACUGAAAUCAGCACACCGUCCGAAGUAGUGGACAAGGGUGUCAUGUUGUUCUUCUCAAAAAAGAGAGGAAUGAAAACCUUAUUCCAAACUACUGAUUCUGGCAAGUUGAUACUUAUUGAUCAAGAAGAAAUAAAAAAGACAAUUUCCGAUAUGAUAAAUGAACUGGUAGAGAAACAUUCUAGAAUGGAUUUGCUUCAUUGAAGAGUUUGGGAAAUAUAUAAUAAACAUUGUAAAAAACUUAAAACUGAAGUAACUAGCUUUAUGCUAUAAUUUUAACGACAUAAUAGCUUUAAAACAGGUCUGCCUUUAGAUUAGAAAUUCUCAACUCUUUUAGAAAAAAUUCAGAUUUAAAACUGACCUAAAACAAAAAAAAAAGUGCCUAACAAAAUAUUUUUAAAAAUUUAGUUUAUAAAUUUUAGUGUAGAGUAGUAAAUUUAAAUUAUGCAUAAACUAAAUUUUGUCACUGUGUUUAAGUUGCUAUUUUAUUUUUUAAUUACUGUAAGUUUAAUUUCUUGAACUGGUUGAAAGCGGUAUUUAAAAAUCUAGCACUGUUUUAUUUGUUAAAAAUACAAUUUGUGUAACUAAUUAAUAUGGUGUAUUUAUUAUUCGUAAAUUAUAUUAUUUUGUGAUCAAAUUUAACGCUUUCAAUCUGUAAAAAUAUUCUUUUUUCUUUCUUUGUACUUAUAGAAAGGAUUAAAAAUCAAACAGGCAAUUUCAAAUUACAAAAAUUUAUUCUAUUAGAUAUACAGGCAGGUAUUACGCAUCCAGUAUUUAUCUAUUAUAAAAUUCUGGAAUUUAAAAAAAAAUCAAAUUAAUAUAUUUCAUAAUUAUAAGUUUUUUUUCUAGUCAACUACAAAUUUACUUAAAAUGAUUCUUAAUUCGAAAAGAUGGAAAAACGGCAGUAAAGGAAAUUUUAGAAAAACGGCAUUAAAUUAAAUUUUUCUAUGUGUUGUUGCUUACAAAUUGUUCAUAGUAAUUAUAAUAGAAUAAGUAAUGUCAUCUUA